AUGGGUCCAAUUUACUCGGGUUAUCUGGGCAUGUUCUUGUUUGGGGCUGCAGCUUUGGCGAUCGGCAUGUUGACUACGACCAUCACUAGCAACCAGAUUGUUGCCGGCUUUGUGGCCAUGGGCAUUAUCGCUGCCCUGUCUUUCGUCCAUUUCAGUUCGGACCUGGUUGGAGGAAUCGCUUCCGUACUAAUCAACGAGAUAGGACUCCAGUCCCACUUUGAGGAUUUCGGAAGGGGAGUUAUAGACACCAAGCACAUAGUUUACUUCUUGAGCGUCACUGCCGUAUUUCUCUUCCUGGCAAUCCGGGCGCUGGAAUUCCGGAGAUGGAGAUAG